AUGGCAUUACAUCCAGAAGAACACUGCAUCCAAGCCAAAAGGAUAGCACAUCAAGACCCAAUUAUGAGCAUCCAAGAGUCAAUUCCCGACUCAGCAACGUUGAGGCACCUUCAAAAUGCCUCCAAUGCCUUUUCUGAGUACUUGAACGCGUACAUCGAGGCCUUGAACAAGUACAUUGGGCAUCAACGUCGAGUUUCGACGCUUAGGUUCGAAAGAGCAACUCUGAUCAAGCACGUUAAGAAGCUUCGCUUUUUCAACGAGCAAUUGGUCGCAAUGAACCUUUCUCAAGAAGAAAGAUUCCAAGACAAUAGCCUUGAACUAGUAGUUUCUUCAUUCGGAUCAUUUUUCAUUAGAUGUCUCGAGGUGAUAGACCUUCUGAACUACUAUCUCACACAGGCAUUGAAAAAUGAAACCAUUUCCAAAACGUUGAACAAGGAUCUAGUGGUCAGCGAUCCGUGCAUAGUGGUGAUCGAGAAUGUGUAUCGCCAUUUCGUGAAAUUCACCCAAUGGAUGCUCGAGGCAAUAAAUCUGCACGAUGCGACGCUCACGAUCGAGGUCUUGCAGUUUGCCCGCAAAUGCGCUCAAGAAGAUGGCAUUGAUACUGAAGAAACCUCAGACAUCUUGUUGCAAGAAGUUGGGAUCGUCGAGGACACUUUCGAGUACACACUUCUGCUGGAAGAAUGGUGCAUGGUUCUCGAUGGCCAACACGAAGACCUCACACGAGCAUUUGAUCUCGAGACAGAGCGGUGGAGCCAAAUCUUCGAACAGCGUAAAUAG